UAAUUUGAUUUGAUCCGAAUAUCCGAUUCCUAACAAAAAAAAACAGUUAACACGUUCUUCAGACCUUACCCGCCGCCGGCAAACAAACCGUCGAUUUGAGUAGAUACUCUCUCGACGUGCUCUGAGUUUUCGUUGAUCGUUGAAGAAUGGGAGUACCGGCGUUUUACCGGUGGUUAGCGGAGAAGUAUCCGUUGAUAGUAUCGGACGUCGUCGAGGAAGAGGCUGUCGAAAUCGAGGGAAUCAAGAUCCCGGUGGACACCAGCAAACCUAACCCUAACGAUCUCGAAUACGAUAAUCUCUACCUUGACAUGAACGGUAUCAUCCAUCCUUGCUUCCACCCUGAAGACAGGCCAUCUCCGACUACCUUUGAGGAGGUGUUUCAGUGUAUGUUUGACUAUAUUGAUAGGCUGUUUGUGAUGGUGCGGCCCAGGAAGCUGCUCUACAUGGCUAUUGAUGGUGUUGCUCCAAGAGCUAAAAUGAAUCAACAGCGGUCUAGACGGUUUAGAUCUGCUAAAGAUGCAUCUGAUGCUGCUGCUGAGGAAGAAAAGCUGCGAGAGGAGUUUGAGAGGGAGGGUAGAAAACUCCCUCCUAAAAUUAACUCUCAAGUGUUUGAUUCCAACGUUAUUACACCUGGAACAGAGUUCAUGGGUGUUCUCUCUAUCGCCCUGCAAUAUUAUGUGCAUCUUAGACUUAAUCAUGAUGUUGGUUGGAAAAACAUCAAGGUUAUCCUUUCAGAUGCAAACGUUCCAGGUGAAGGAGAGCAUAAAAUCAUGUCAUACAUUCGUCUUCAAAGAAACAUUCCUGGUUUUGACCCUAAUACUCGGCAUUGCUUGUAUGGGCUGGACGCUGACCUGAUUAUGUUAGGCUUGGCAACUCACGAAGUUCAUUUUUCAAUCCUUCGAGAGGUGGUAUUCACUCCUGGACAGCAGGACAAAUGCUUCUUGUGUGGUCAAAUGGGACAUAUGGCUGCAGAUUGUGAAGGAAAAGCAAAGAAGAGGGCAGGUGAAUUUGAUGAGAAGGGCGAUGGUUUUGUCAAAAAGCCAUAUCAGUUUCUUCAUAUAUGGAUUCUUAGAGAGUACCUGGAGUUUGAAAUGAGGAUUCCCAACCCACCGUUUGAGAUUGAUCUGGAGCGCAUUGUUGACGAUUUCAUCUUCAUAUGUUUCUUUGUUGGCAACGAUUUCUUGCCACAUAUGCCAACACUGGAGAUUCGAGAGGGUGCUAUCAACUUGCUUAUGGCUGUUUACAAGAAGGAAUUUAGGUCGCUGGACGGCUAUCUAACUGAUGGAUGCAAGCCAAAUUUAAAGAGGGUGGAACAGUUUAUUCAGGCUAUUGGAUCAUUCGAAGAUAAGAUAUUUCAGAAAAGAACCAGGUUACAUCAGAGACAAGCUGAAAGGAUAAAGGGAGAUAAAGCUCGGAAAAGAAGAAUGGAUGAUGCAGCUCCCACAGUCCAGCCAGAGUCUCUUGUUCCCGUUGAAAGAUUUAGUGGUUCUCGACUUGCCUCGGCUCCUGUUCCUUCACCGUUUCAGCCUAGUGAUGGAGUAGGGUCUGCUCCACAUCAGAAAGCACGACGUCUAUCUUCAGGGUCCAGUAUUGGUGCUGCUAUUGUCGACGUCGAGAACAGUCUUGAACCUGACGAAAACGAGAACAAGGAAGAACUAAAGACAAAGCUCAAGGAGUUAAUCCGUGAGAAAUCUGAUGCUUUCAACUCGGAUACUCAUGAAGAGGAUAAGGUGAAGCUUGGGGAACCUGGAUGGAGAGAAAGAUAUUAUGAAGAGAAGUUCUCAGUUACAACCAUUGAAGAGAUGGAAAGAAUAAGAAAGGAUGUUGUUUUGAAGUACACAGAAGGCCUUUGUUGGGUCAUGCAUUACUACAUGGAAGGUGUUUGCUCCUGGCAGUGGUUUUAUCCUUACCACUAUGCACCGUUUGCUUCUGAUCUAAAGGAUCUGGGAGAGCUGGAUAUAAAGUUUGAGUUAGGGACUCCAUUUAAGCCUUUCAACCAACUUCUUGGGGUGUUCCCAGCUGCCAGUUCCCAUGCUCUUCCAGAGCGCUAUAGGACCUUGAUGACUGAUUCCAACUCUCCCAUCAUUGAUUUUUACCCAACUGGUACUGCUUUCUUUCCUCUAAAUGGUUCACUCAGUGUCAACUGUUGGAACAAAGUUAUAUAUCUCUUUCUAUUCUUUUGUCUAGAUUUUGAAGUUGACAUGAACGGGAAGCGUUAUUCCUGGCAGGGUAUUGCUAAGCUGCCUUUCAUUGAUGAAAGACGCCUUCUAGAGGCCGUUUCCGAAGUGGAGUUCACAUUGACGGAUGAAGAGAAGCGUAGAAACAGUAGGAUGUGCGACAUGCUUUUCAUAGCAACGUCUCAUCGCCUUGCUGAACUCAUCUUUUCUCUCGACAACCAUUGUCGGCAACUGAGUGCCAGGGAGAGAAUAGACCUUAAGGUUCAGAUCAAACCUGAGCUCAGUGAUGGUAUGAACGGCUACUUGACUCCUUGUUCAGGAGAGACUCGCCCUCCUAUAUUCAGGUCCCCAAUGGAGGGUAUGGAGGACAUCUUAGCCAACCAAGUCAUAUGUUGCAUUUACAGACUUCCGGAUGUACAUAGUCACAUAAACAGACCUCCUCCUGGUGUCAUCUUCCCUAAGAAGAUUGUGAACAUAGGUGACUUAAAACCACCACCUGCUCUUUGGCAUGAGGACAAUGGAAGGAGACCUAUGCAUAAUAAUAAUUAUAAUAAUAACAAUAAUCAUUAUAAUAAUAAUCAAGGAAGGCAAAACCCACCUGGAAGUUUAUCUGGGCUGCAUCUAGGAGACGCAGCACAUCGUCUUGUCACCAACAGCCUACAGACGAGAACAGACCGGCAUGGAUAUCAAGCAGCAGAUGGACAUCAUCAGCAGCAUCAUCAUGGUCACGGCUACAAUCAACCGCCCUAUGCUCCACAAGUUCCUUACCAGUAUGGUGGCUAUAAUGCUCCUCCACAUGGCGUCCAAGACUAUGCUCCGCCACAGUCAUCAAGACAACCUCCGUAUCAAAGCCGAGGUGGGUACCAACCUCGUGGAACCAGUGGGAGAUUCCCAUCGGAUCCUUACCCGGUUCAGUCACGUGGAGGAGGUCACCACCGUGACAGAGGUGGUGGAGGGUACUCUGGUGGCUACAACCAACAUCAUCAACAACAACAUUGGGAUGGUCAAGGUGGGGAGGAGCAUUAUAAUAACCAACGAGGGUAUGGUGGUGGUCAGCAUCAUCGUCAGCAAGGUGGUGACCGCAACCGUAGAGGAGGUGGGAGUCAUCAUCAUCAUGAUCAAGGCCCUAGACAUCAUCGAUAUUAAAAGCACAAUGGUAGUUGUUUGUAUCAUUAGAGUUGAGCCUGCUCUUGGUUCUUUGGUUUAAGUAUUAAGAGUAGCAGGGAAAGAAAACUAUAGGUGGAUUACAUUACUUGUUUCUAAACAAUUGUUUUAAUCGUUUUAUCUUUGAAGAAACUAAAAAGUAGUUUGGAUUGA